AUGGAUUAAACCAAUUCCAAUUUAAUCAUAAUUGCUCCAGAGCACUCCUAUUCAAUGAAACUAAUUUAGUAUUUAAUCAAACAUUUCAAUAGUGAUGAAUUAAUUUUUGAUAAGAUUGAUGAAGAUCAUCAAAAGAUUGGGACUUAACUUUUAAUUAACACUAAGUAUUAUACAUGUGAUGUAGGAUUGCAUACAAUAAAUUACAAUUAUUUUAAUUAAGAAAAUGCUUUGGAAUAAUUAUAAACAAUCAAAGUAGACGGCGUAUUAUUUAUUGUUGAUGCCAACAACAUGAGUGGACUAGAUUAAUUCAUUAAUUUGUGCGAUCAAAUUCUAAACCAAAUCUAACCUGGUCUAUAGGCCAUUAUCUAUGAUAGAAAAGAAGGAACCAAAAUCAAUUUGGAGCUUUUGGAAAAUGAGGAGAAAAAAUUAGAAAGCUUUGUUGAAUAAAUUUAUUUAGACCUAAACAAUCCACCCAUCAAACAAUAAAUCAAACAGUUAUCUGAGUAAGCCGAAGAAACUCUUGGAUUUCCCAGGAUCAUAGAAAUUAUUGAAUGUAACACUUGGACAUACAUGAGACCCAAGGUGUAGGAGAAGAAGGAGAACAUUAGCAAAACGAAAGUGAGUGAAAAACAAUCUCAAGGCCUCGAUCAACUAGAAAAUGAGGAUGAUCAAUUUGCACAACUGAUGCAUGAUAUGACCAAGAUUAGGACUUCCAAAAUGACAGAUGAGGAGAGAAGGGAAAAAGCUGCCAACCUCAUGAAUUAAUUAAUGAAUAUGUGUCAAGAUGAUGACGAAGAUGAUAUGUGAUAUGUUUAUAUAAUGUUAAGAAAAUUAGAAAUAAAAUAUAUUAAAUAAA